GGUAAGGGGAUACCCAGCACAUUUACAUCCCUGCACCUGCCCGGCUCCCCACAGCAGCGGCACCAAAAUCCCCCCCAGCAGCAGCAGCAGCAGCAGCAGCCCCAGCAGCAGCAGCAGCAGCAGCAGCAGCAGCAGCAGCAGCAGCAGCAGCAGCAGCAGCAGCAGCAGCAGCAGCAGCAGGAGCUCUCUAAAGCUCCUCUUGCCAUCCCUGACACUCCAGCAACAGCAGCCACUGACCUGCCUCAGGCACUGCUGCCACAGCCCCUUGGCCAGCACAGCUCUGCUCCCCAGCUCGCAGCAUGGAAGCUUGUCACUCUCCACAGCAAUCCAAUGUCACUUCAUACGGGGCCACCACUGUGGCCAUCGUCACCCUGGAGGCGUUUGCUGGCAUGUGGAUAAACGCUUUCAUCGUUUCUGUGCUUUGCCUUGCCUGGGUCAAAAAGAAAACCCUCAACUCUAAUGAGAAGAUUUUGCUGCUCCUGGGAUGUUCCAGGUUUUGCACUUUGUGCAUCUCAUGGGUAAAUGAAUUCCUUUUAAUAAUUCAUCCCAAUUACCUUUAUGCUCACCCAAUACUUCAAUUAAUUACAUCUUUUACAAGCUUUUUUAACUAUUCCAACUUGUUGGUUUCAGCCUGUCUUUGUGGAUUUUAUUGUAUAAAAAUUGCCAAUUUCAGGAACAGCUUCUUCACCGACUUGAAAGUAAAAAUUGACAGGAUGGUGCCCUGGUUCUUGUUGGGGUCAGAGAUUUUAGCCUUGGCUCUCAGCAUCAUUAUCUAUGACCUCACUGAAACUCUGCCGAAUACCAACAGCAAUUUCACCUGCCUCAGAAAUUUUUGGGAACCAAGUAUUAGACUGGAUAAAAGAUUUUUCUUUUCAUUUUUUCUCACUGGAUUUGGAUAUGCUGCUUCAUUCAUGGCAGUCAUCUUCUCUGCUGUUUUCCUUCUCUUUUCCCUCUGGACACACAAACGCAAGAUGCAGAAAAACUCCAUGAAGGACCUCAGCAUGGAUGCCCACAUCAGAGCCAUGAAAUCUAUUCUCUCUUUCUUAGUGAUGUACAGCAUCAACUUUGUAUGUUUGAUCUCGACAAUAAUUUAUAACAUGGAGGAUGAAAAUACUAUGAGACUUCUUAUAAACAUAUAUCUGUUUGCUUUCCCAGGAGUUCAUUCCCUUAUUCUGAUUUUCAGCAAUCCCAAGCUGGAAAAGGCACUGCUAAAGAUGCUCUCCUGUGUCAAGUGUGACUUUUCUAUGAAGUAG